GCACUGCACUCGUCGCAAGUGUCCGAGCAAACUCCCGGUGUUUAUUCUCGGAUCCUCUCCCCGCCCCAUUGACCACCACUCAGGGCGUAGGCUCCUGUGGUUUUCUUGUCUGUGGUUGAAGCGUGAUGACUUGGUCGUUGUAGUCGACUGCCAUUGUUUCUCGUGUCUCGCGCGCGCCGCCUCGUCAAGAUGUAUGUCAAACAGAUUAUUAUCCAGGGCUUCAAGAGCUACAAGGACCAAACAGUCAUCGAACCCUUCUCACCGAAACACAAUGUGAUCGUGGGUCGCAAUGGAUCCGGGAAGAGUAACUUCUUCGCGGCCAUUCGUUUCGUCCUCAGCGAUGCCUAUACGCACCUAGGCCGAGAGGAGCGCCAGGCGCUCCUUCACGAAGGUUCGGGGUCCGCGGUGAUGUCGGCGUACGUGGAGAUUAUCUUCGACAACUCGGACGAUCGAUUCCCCACUGGCAAGCCCGAGGUCGUCCUUCGUCGCACGAUUGGUCUGAAGAAAGACGAAUACACCCUCGACCGGAAGAACGCGACCAAAUCCGAUGUGAUGAACCUGCUCGAGUCGGCGGGUUUCUCCCGGUCGAACCCCUACUACAUAGUGCCCCAGGGUCGCGUGACGGCCUUGACCAACAUGAAGGACUCCGAGCGCCUCAAUCUUCUCAAGGAAGUCGCCGGAACUCAGGUCUACGAAGCCCGCCGUGCGGAGUCGUUGAAGAUCAUGCACGAGACGAACAAUAAGCGAGCGAAGAUCGACGAGCUUCUCGAUUUCAUCAACGAACGCCUGUCGGAACUUGAAGAAGAGAAGGAUGAGCUGAGGAAUUAUCAGGAGAAGGACAAGGAGCGCAGAUGCUUGGAAUACACUAUCUACUCUCGCGAACAGCACGAAAUCGCCAGUUUCCUCGACAGUCUCGAAGAGCAAAGGCAGACGGGUGUUGAGGACACUGAUCUGAAUCGCGAUCGCUUCAUCCAAGGCGAGAAGGAAAUGGCGCAGAUCGACGCUGAGAUCGCAGAGUGCAAGCAACAGAUUGAAUUUUUGAAGGUCGACAAAACUCAGCUGGAAGACGAGCGUCGCGAAGCUUCCAAAUAUCUGGCACAGGUGGAAUUGCAGGCCAAAUCGCUGUCCGACAACCAGGCUGCCGCUCUGGCUCUCAAGGCGCGCCAUGAUGAAAACCUGAAGACCGUUCAAGAAGCGAUCCAGGAACGUGAGGCCGAACUGCAAGAGCUUUUGCCCCGGUUCAACACUGCCAAAGAUCAGGAGGAGGCUGUCAAAUCCAAGCUCACCGAAGCCGAGACGGCACGCCAACGGCUGUAUGCUAAGCAAGGUCGCAACUCACGUUUCCGCAACAAGAGUGAGCGGGACAAGUGGCUUCAAGCGGAGAUCAAAGAGAACUAUACUUCCAUUUCUACGGUCCAGGACGUCAUGGCGCAGACCCAAGAGGACAUCAAAGAGCUCGAUAAUGAGAUUGCGCUACUUGAGCCGGAAACCGAACGCUUGCGCAAGAUGAUUGACGGCAGAGGAGACACUAUGCAAUCCGUGGAACAGCAGGUGCAAGCUGCGAAGGAUGAGAGAGAUCGAUUGAUGGACCAGAGAAAAGAGCUCUGGAGAGAAGAAGCGAAGCUGGACUCGAUUCUAUCGAAUGCCUCGAAUGAGGUGGAGCGCGCGGAACGCAACCUAUCUCAGAUGAUGGAUCACAACACAAGCCGCGGUAUUGCGGCUGUUAGAAGAAUCAAGCGCCAAUAUAACCUUGAGGGGGUAUAUGGUACCCUGGCGGAACUCUUCGAGGUCAGUGACAGAUAUCGGACGUCCGUCGAAGUCACAGCAGGACAAAGCCUGUUCCACUAUGUUGUCGACACUGAUGAGACUGCCACGAAAGUCUUGGAAAUCCUCCAGCAGGAGAAGGCUGGCAGAGUCACAUUCAUGCCUUUGAACAGGCUACGAACCAGACCGGUCAACAUGCCUAGAGCAAGUGACACGAUUCCAAUGAUCGAGAAGCUCCAAUUCGACGCGAAGUAUGAGAAAGCUUUCAACCACGUGUUUGGCAAGACGAUCAUCUGUCCAAACUUGCAGGUGGCUUCGCAAUACGCUCGCAGCCAUGGAGUCAAUGCGAUCACUCCUGAGGGAGAUCGUUCCGACAAGAGAGGUGCCCUUACUGGUGGUUUCCAUGAUUCACGACAGUCCAGGCUCGAUGCCGUAAAGAAUCUGACGAAAUGGAGAGAUGAGUAUGAGACGAAGAAGAGCCGUGGAACGGAGAUCAGGAAAGAACUGGAGAAGCUUGAUCAGCUCAUCACGAGAUCUGUGGGUGAACUGCAGAAAUUGGAACAGCAGAGACACCAAGUGCAAAACAGCAGCGGGCCGAUGCGACAAGAACUGAAGGCCAAGCGUGAUCUCCUCCAGAAGAAAACCGAUAAUCUUGAAGCCAAGCGCCGGGCCAUUCGCAACAUCGAGAACAACCUGGCUGCUUUGACCGAUCAGGUCAACGCGUUCGAGGCGGAAUUGAAGUCGGCAUUCCAAAAGGCGCUCAGUAAUGAAGAGGAAGCGCGCUUGGAGACUCUCAACAACACUGCUCAAGAAUUGCGGCGCCAGUAUCAGGAGCUUUCUAGUCAACGUAGUGAGCUUGAAGCUCGCAAGUCCGUUCUCGAGGUGGAAUUGCGGGAGAACCUUAACCCUCGACUGGACCAACUUGUGGGCCAGGACAUGGACAUGGCAGACGAUGAUGGUCAAGGCAACCUGAAGGAGACACAGCGCGAAAUGAAGCGCUUGCACAAGGCUCUCGAGAAGCUUGCUCAACGACUUCAGCAGGUGGAUGACUCAAUCGACCAGGCCAAUGCCCGGGUUUCGGAGCUCGAGCAGCGGAACGCCGAGACCCGGCGCGAACUCGAGGAGCUGGCGAAGUCCAUUGAGAAGCACCAGCGUCGCAUGGAGAAGAGCAUGCAGAAGAAGGCCGCUUUGACCAAGCAGGCUGCCGAAUGUGCUGCCAAUAUCCGCGAUCUGGGUGUGCUGCCGGAUGAAGCCUUCACUAAGUACAAGAACACCGACUCGAACGCCGUAGUGAAGAAGCUGCACAAGGUCAACGAGAGCCUCAAGAAAUACUCUCACGUCAACAAGAAGGCUUUCGAGCAGUAUAACAGCUUUACCAAGCAACGUGAGACUUUGACGAACCGGAGGAAGGAGCUCGAGGCGUCAGAGAAGUCCAUCGAUGACCUGAUCACUGUCCUCGAUCAGCGUAAGGAUGAGGCCAUUGAACGGACCUUCAAGCAGGUUUCCCGCGAGUUCCACAAUGUGUUUGAGAAGCUUGUCCCCGCUGGCCGAGGGCGCUUGAUCAUCCAGCGCAAGACCGACCGCGCUCUCCGACAAGCGGACGAACUGGAAUCCGAGGACGAGGAGGAGACCCGCGAGAGCGUGGAGAACUACGUGGGAGUGGGGAUCAGCGUCAGUUUCAACAGCAAGCACGACGAGCAGCAACGGAUCCAACAGCUCAGUGGUGGACAGAAGAGUCUGUGUGCGCUCGCUCUGGUCUUCGCCAUCCAGGCCUGUGACCCGGCCCCGUUCUACCUCUUCGACGAGAUCGACGCCAACCUCGACGCGCAGUACCGUACCGCCGUCGCGCAGAUGCUGAAGUCCAUCUCCGACUCGACGAACGGCCAAUUCAUCUGCACGACCUUCCGCCCGGAGAUGCUGCACGUGGCCGAGAAGUGCUACGGCGUCAGCUUCCGGCAAAAGGCCAGUACCAUUGACGUUGUAUCGCGGGAAGAGGCACUCAAGUUCGUGGAGGAGCAAAAGACAUGAUGCAGGGUGUAGGGUAUAGCUUCUCGAUAGUUCGCUUACUGCUCGAUGUGUUUCGGAAUGGGCUAUGGGGAGCAGGCGCCUUUUUUUUCGAUGGGUUGCGUUUCUUUCGAUGGACAGUUUUUUCUUUCGCAGUUUGAAGUAGAGGGAGAAAUGAUUAGUUCCUCGGUGCACCUUUUCUUGCAUUGUUCAUUGUAUUCUAAUAUGCUUCUAUGUAUGAUUUGUGUGGUGAUUACGAUUCCCAAUGUUAGGUUUGCAGUC